AUGAAUCUCAACAACCCAGGUCAUAACGAACACCAGGAUUUGAUCUACUCCGGUGAUCAAGAACACGCUCAAAGUCAUCACGGUGUGCCUGUUUCUAUGCAAGUGCAAUCGCCCCAAUCCUACCAUAUGCUCAAUGGCCAGCAAUCAGUGAGCCAGGGUGGUGCUGGAGCUGGAGGAGCAGUUCCCUCGCAACAGGGCAUGCAGUCGUCUCAGGCAGGUACAGGUCAUCCACAGAGUGGGUACUCUCAGUACCAAUUCCACAACUAUUUUGCUCCGCAAACAUCGCCAAUGGGCGUUGGGGCAAACACCAACGACCAGUCGGUCUCGUCUUUGCCCUUGCAGAUGCAGAUGCAGAUGCAGAUGCCGGGCCACCAGGUUUCUGACGCGAUGUUAAACCAAAUCUUGGCGCAGUUCAACCAGAGACAGCAGAACCAGCCAGGGUCCCAGCAGACCCAGGGCCAGUCGCAAACCCAAGCUCAGGUGCAAGCCCAGGCCCAAGCCCAAGCCCAAGCCCAAGCUCAAGCCCAAGCCCAAGCUCACAUGCAAGCUCAGGCUCAGGCUCAGGCUCAGGCCCAAAUGCAAGCUCAGGUCCAGCAAAACCACCAGGCCAACAACCCAAUGCAGCAGCAUUACAAGCAAACAGCAGGCCAAUUGUCCCCCAGGUACUACGCCCAGCAGCAGAUGAUGGAUCCCCAGGUGCAGAUUCCAAGCCAGUUCCAGUUCUUGGGCCAGUCCACGUCAGCAGGUCCUCAAAGACGCGUCGAUCUCGUCGAGACGACGAAACAGGGCAAAAGAGGAGGCGCCAACUCUUCCUCUCCUUCCACCGGGGCCUCGGGAAACAACAAGCAGAACGACCCACCAGUCAAGAAACUAUCCAUCACCCAAACGCGUAUCGCCAAGCGUAAGGAAUUGAAGAAACAAGGGCCCAAGAGACCUUCUUCCGCGUACUUCUUGUUCUCUAUAUCUAUCCGCUCGGAACUAUUGAAGCAAUACCCAGACGCAAAGGUCCCAGAACUCUCCAAACUGUCGAGUUCAAAGUGGAAGUCGAUGACCGAUGAGGAAAAGAAACCAUACUUUGACCAAUUCAAGACCAAUUGGGAAGAGUACAGAAUCGCUAGAAAGAAGUACGAAGAAACCCUUCCUCCAAAGAGACCCUCGGGUCCAUUCCUACAAUUCACAAAGGAUAUACGACCAUUACUUGUUGAGGAACACCCAAACAAAACCUUGAUCGAAAUUACUAAGAUGAUCGGUGAAAAAUGGAGAAGUCUCGAUGGUCCUUCCAAGCAAAAGUACACAGAUUCCUACAAAUUGAAGUUGAAGGAAUGGGAAGCAUCCUACGCUGAACACGAAGCAACUGACGAGGUCGAACAGUAG